UCAACGGCAGUCGACAGGGCUCACAGAAGCAGAGACGAAGCCCGCCUGAUCUCGUCACUCCGCUAGGUCGAGUCCUCUCCCGUUACCACAAGAUGGCGUGUUCGCGUGUUCUUCCUGCAGCUCUAAUCUUCUGCUUCGCCUUGGGCCCCCUGCUCGCCCAGAGGUCGCCACAAAGGCACCAAGUCCCCUACUUCAUCCACCAGUGUCACAAGACCGACCCCCACGUCAACGAGUGCCUCGCAGAAGCGACCAAUCACCUGGCGCGUUGUUACAGCAGAGGUAUUCCGGAACUGGGGGUCACCGACGUGGAGCCCAUCCUCAUCGACGAGAUCUCCAUCGCCCUGGGAAGUGGCCCCAACGGGUACCGAGCCACGUUCAACGACAUCGAGGCGUUUGGCGUCAGCAACAUGACCAUAGUGGGCAUGAGGACGGACCUGAAUUCGCUGCAGUUUCAGGUCAGCUUCUACAUCCCCAAGAUUACCGCGCGUGCGCACUACAAGAGCUCUGGGGUGCUGAUCAUGGUACAAGCCUCGGGGGGCGGAGACUACUGGGGAGAGUACGAGGGCGUGAAGGCCAAAGUUUACUUCCAGGCCCAGGCCCAACAAGUCAAGGGCAGGAACUACUUGCAGGUGGAGGACAUGAAAAUGGACUUCAGCGUAAAAGAUAUCAAGAUGGGCAUUGAGAACCUGCACAACGGCAACACUGUACUACAGGCAGCCCUGAAUCUGUUCAUCAAUUCAAACGCACAGGGACUGCUUCAAGAAAUGAAACCGGACAUCAAGAAGAAGAUGGUCCAGAAGACGAGGAACUUCGUCAACAACCUCUUCAGCAGAAUACCGUACGACAUGUGGAUGCUGCAGUGACGAGGACACCAGAAGAGCGAACGCAUUUUUAAAUAGCAGCAACAAACAAGUUUCCGCAAAAUUAAAAAUUUACAGAACGAACACAUUCGUCAGAAUCGGGAAAUCUCUGAGAACCCUUCUAUAAGAAAGUUUCUGCGUUUGAUGGAAGUGCCUCGAGAAAACAUCUGAAAUGCCGCCGGACUCUAUGAACACCCUGUAUAACAAAAGACGUGUCUUGCUGCACACGUGUGUGGAAACGGUGAAAAUCACAGACGAACUUAAAAAAAACUGUCGAAAUUCGGGCAUCGCUUUAAGUUCUUGUGAAGUUAAUGUAGAUAUUUGAGAGACAAAGGGGAGGAUAUUUUCUAUCUACUCGAUGGCAGAUGGCCACCAAGCAGACAACUGGCACGAGGCUAAAUUACUUUCUGACAAAUCACAAAGCAAAUAUCAGAAAAUUCUAUUGUCUCCUUCGUUUGUUCGGCCUGCAGCCCAACCUAGUGACAGGAAUGAACAUUAAAAAUAAUUCGUAAUCUGUAAAUUCGUGCAGAAGACGUUUGAAUAUGGCGAAGAGGGAGUUUCGAACAGACGCGCUGAUACGUGCGUCCGUUAACGAUUGAAACAUUCACAGAAAACAA